CUAAUCAUGAACAUAAGCAGUGUAAUCAUAAAAAUACAUUUAUGAUAAAUAAAUAAAAACUAUAUGUUCUCCAUAUAUGUUGACUGACUGCCUGAUUUGUGAUGGGAGUGGUCUUGGUGUGGUUGUGUUGUCUGAUCUCAGUUUUGGCCUUGGGGUAUAUGGUCUUGAUGCCAAAUCUGCUGUAGAGCACAGAUAGCCCUUGUCCCUGUUUAUCAGUUUGGGCAGAGCAUCUUGCAAUCUGCUUCCGCUCCAUGUACCAAAACCCAUUAAAGCUCAAACACCUCCUAUGAUCAGUAUCCCAGCAUGGUGGGGUGGUCUGCUUUUUCAUCGUCAUUGGUCUGGCAGAUAUGCCUUCCUUUGCUGCCAGUUGGAGGUCCCUCUGAUCCGUCUUGAGAACCUUAUCCAAAAAUCCUCACCUAAAAUAGACCCAGUGGCCCAAAAGUAAAAGCAUUUCAAUGUAAUCAUCUCCAGUUUAGUUAGUAGUCACAAUAUUCAAUGCCAAUGCCUAUAUACACCCGUCCAACCAUACCAUUAUACAUGAGCACAUACAUGCAGUUCAAGGAAAAAAUCGUUCAUAUGACCUUCACAUGUAAGCUAUUUAAAUUUUUUUAUUAUUUUUAUUUUUUUAUUAUUAUUAGUAACUGAAUUUUCUUAAGCGUCAUUACAUAAUCUGUUAAUGUCGCUAUUGCAGCACCAGGCUGUCAAGAAACGAGAGUGGACAUCAGUCAAAUCUAUUCACUUCAACAGCAUCAGGACUCGGUAGAGGACUUCUUUCUAAGCUGUGGGGUUAAGGGUGGGGCUAGCGGCGACAAAUGCACCUGGUCUUUGUGAGGCAGGUGCCAGCCUUCACACGCUCACCAGUUGUGUGGCCAAGAGCCAAAGCUGUGGGAACUGUUGCAGCGCCCAGAGUCUGGAAAACAAUUUAAUUGGAUUGAUAAAUCUUUUCUGGAAUCAUGUAUCGCUGGAUCAAAAGGUCAGUGUGUCGACACAAUGGCGAGUAAACGUUGCAUUAAGCCACACAUUUAGAGACAAUCGCAGCAUCAGCUGUUGUGCAGAUGGUGCUGUAAAUGCUGAGGCUUUUCGGAUGACAAUGAUUCCCCUGGCAGUGCAAUUCAAUGUCCCACAUAUAUAAAUCUGACCCGUACCACUGUCAAUACGGCAUACAUCAAAAGGGGGUAUAAACAAUUUGUGAUCAAAAACACCCGGACAGGCCCAAAACAUGGAUCGAAUGGGAAAGAUUACCUUCUAUGAGGACAGAAAUUUCCAAGGGCGCUCCUAUGAGUGCAGCAGUGACUGCCCUGAGCUCAGCUCCCACUUCAGUCACUGCAACUCCAUCAGGGUGGAGAGCGGGGCGUGGGUGGUCUACGAGCGGCCCAACUACAUGGGCUCACAGUAUGUCCUGACAAGAGGGGAGUACCCCGACUACCAGCGCUGGAUGGGCUACAACGACAUCAUCAGGUCCUGCCGCUUAAUCCGAAACGCUUCCGGCAGUUUCCGCAUGCGGAUUUACGAACGUCCUGACUUCCAGGGACAGAUGAUGGAGUUUACCGACGACUGUCCCUCUGUGCAUGACCGCUUCCAUCACCGUGAGGUCCACUCCUGUAAUGUGAUGGAUGGGGCCUGGGUCUUCUACGAGCAUCCCAACUACCGCGGCCGCCAGUACCUGCUGGAGAGGGGCGAGUACCGUCGGUACACAGAGUGGAACGCCAUAAACCCUGGUGUGGGUUCUUUUCGCCACGUCCAGGAAUUUUAGACCAGUCUCUUAGUAGCACCUGUGUUAAGAUAACUGUUGCUAUGCCAUUUAAUAAUAAAAAAAAACAAAUCUUUUGAGCUCAGAUGAAUGUCGGUGUUCUCAAAAUGCCUCUCGUGGAGUCUACAAAUUAAAGAGCCAUCUCAAAAGGAUAGCAAGCCCUUCCUAUUUGUUCUUGAUAAUCUUAUGAAAUGCCUGUUUAAACAACUAAAAAUAUGUCUUUCCUUUGCUGUAAUUGUAAUGAUGACAUUUGGUGCUAUUAAAUAUGAGCAACCCCAAAA